GAGCGCUUGAGCGUCGCCAUGGCAGCUAGCCUGAGUUGUAUCGUUGUUCAAAUUUCGAUGUUUUGAUCCGACGAUUGUUCGAUUCGGUACUCCGCUCCAAGUCUCGAACAGUUUGGACUGGAUCGCUUCGUCGUCAGAGUACCAUGUUCAUUUACUUGAGCAAGAAGAUCGCCAUUCCAAACAACACGAGGAUCCAGUGUCUUGCGUGGAAUAAGGACCACGGGUACAUCGCUUGCGGUGGAGACAACGGAUUGCUCAAAGUGUUGAAGCUAGAAACAGAAAAAGAUGGCAAAGUUAGAGGACUCGCUGCGCCCAGCAAUCUGUCCAUGAAUCAAACUCUGGAAGGCCAUGGCGGUGUGGUACAGGUUGUGACUUGGAACUCUCAGUUUCAAAAGCUGACGUCCAGCGACCAGAAUGGCCUCAUUAUUGUUUGGAUGCUUUACAAAGGAUCUUGGUACGAAGAGAUGAUCAACAACAGAAAUAAGUCUGUGGUGAGAGGCAUGGCAUGGAGCGCGGACGGUCAGAAAAUCUGCAUUGUUUACGACGACGGUGCCGUGAUUGUCGGAUCCGUUGAUGGUAAUCGUAUCUGGGGCAAAGAACUAAAGAAUCUUCAUCUUUUCCUGGUCGAGUGGUCAGCCGAUGGCAGGUUUCUGCUUUUCGGACUGCAGAAUGGCGAAGUCCAUGUGUUCGAACAAGGAGGGAAUCCUGUGUCCAAGAUAUCUCUACCAAUACUGCAUACCUCGACCGGCACCAAGUUGAUAGGGUUGCACUGGUAUAGCGGUUGCCUGGCCGAGCCUGGCUGCCCCGUGCUCGCAAUAGGCUACGAGAGCGGCAAGGUUCAACUCAUGUGCAGCGAGAGCGAUGACUCCCCACUCAUCCUGGAUACGGACAUGACGGCAACAUGCCUCCAGUGGAAUCACGACGGGACCAUGCUUGCAGUCACUGGAAAGCACUAUGCAGGAGACACUGAAAAAAGGAACAUGGUCAAGUUUUUCAACCCUUACGGCCAACACUUGCACACAUUGCGAGUUCCGGGCAGGGACAUCUCAGCUUGUGCCUGGGAGGGCACUGGCCUCCGCAUCGCCCUGGCCGUCGACUCGUUUAUUUUCUUCGCCAACAUUCGUCCGGACUACAAGUGGUGCUUCCUGGCAAACACGAUCGCAUACUCAUUCAGCAAAGUGGAUCGUGUGGAGAGCACAGUCAUCUUCUGGAACAUCAACAGCAAUGAGAAACAUGUAAAGUAUAUGAAGAACCUUUUGAGGAUGGGCUCUGCAGGAGAACUGUGCGUGAUCGCCACCAAGGAAGAAGGACCAAGUCCUCAGUACACACUGAGCGUCUGCAACUCCAUCGGAACGCCGGUGGACUCCACGACGACGGAAGUGGAGCCGCGCCACCUUUACAUGACGGAGUCCUACGUCCUUGCCGCGUCGGCCGACCAGGUCUUCGUCUGGCGCUUCCAGACGCCGCGGGGAAGAACCGUCCUGGAACUGUCCGCGCAGAGGAGCAAACCCACGUUGGAAAAGGUUUUCCAUGUCAACGACAUGUCCUUGGGAGGAGAGGGCCCUCUCGACCCGGACAAAAUUUACGAGCCGAAAAGAAAACAUCAGCCCAAUUCCGACCCCAUCUGCUGCCUUACGGCGUCGGAGAGGAUGCUUAUUGUUGGAAGAGAAUCUGGGACGUUCCAGCGCUACUCGAUGCCACAUCUGGCAAUGGUGCAAAAAUAUGUCCUCUCCUGCCGGCCCACCAAGAUAGCACUCAACUGCAACUCCAGCCGCAUGUCAGUCAUUGAUAUCACGGGAAACAUGCUACUACACGACCUUGAAGCGAGGUCGUCUCAAGGCGAGCAACUGGCCUUCGAGCGCCGAGAUGUGUGGGACGUCAAGUGGGCAAAGGACAACUCUGAACUUUUCGCACUCAUGGAGAAGACUCGGAUGUAUGUUUUUCGAAAUUUGGACCCAGAGGAGCCGGUGAUGUCGAGCGGGUACAUCUGCACUUUCUCGAACCUCGAGAUCAGGACUGUGUUGCUCGACGAAAUCAUGCAGGACCCCGAAAACCCGAGUCCGGACUUCGUCUGCAACAUGGAGGCAAAGUCCUUGAGAGACUCUCGGGACCUGCUGGCCAAGGUAGGCAUCGAAGAGGCAACACAGUUCAUCGAGGACAACUCUCACCCUCGGCUAUGGCAACUUUUGGCAGAAGCAGCGCUACAGAAGAUGGACUUCCAGACGGCAGAGACUGCUUUUGUCCGCUGCAGAGACUACCAGGGGAUUCAGUUCGUCAAGCACAUUGCCAAUUUGCCGAAUGAGGACAUACGAAAGGCCGAAGUUAAGGCUUACUUCAAGCAGUUCGACGACGCCGAAAAGAUCUACCUAGACAUUGACAGAAGAGACCUGGCGAUCUCAAUGCGCAAGAUGCUGGGAGACUGGUUUCGAGUGGUGCAGCUCCUCAAGACGGGAAACAGCGGGGCCGACGACCGACAACUCGAGGAGGCUUGGAAUGCCAUUGGAGAUUACUACGUCGACAGGCGCAAAUGGGACAGUGCUGUCACUUACUACAAGCAAGGACACAACCACGGCCGCUUGGCCGAAGCCUACUACACCAUAGAGGAUUAUGACAGCCUCGAGAGCCUCAUGAAGAGCCUACCAGAGGGCCAGCCACUUUUGGCUGACAUUGGUUCCAUGUUUGGAUCUGUGGGUAUGUGUAGUCAAGCUGUGGAGGCAUUUAAGAAGUGCAACAAAGUGAAGGCAGCCAUAGACAUCUGCGUCUCUCUGAACGAAUGGAACGACGCCAUCGAACUUGCAAAAGAAUUCAACAUCCGGGAAAUAGACACUGUCCUCGCACGGUACGCGAAGCACCUGCUCGACGAGAAAAAGGUCCUCAGCGCCGUCGAGCUCUAUCGGAAAGCCAACCGCUUCCUCGAUGCCGCUCAGCUCAUGUUCAAGAUUGCAGCAGAAGAGUACAAGAAGAACCACCACACUCCACUCACAAUGAAGAAGAUCUAUGUGCUUGCCGCAACCCUUGUUGAGGAGCACCGCACCCUGGCACGGAGAGCGUCCAGGAGUGUCAGCAGCAUCAAAGCUGCAAACGAAGUGAGCCUUGCACUGGAUGCGCUCAUGUCGGACGACUCGACAAGUUUAAACACGUCGAGGCCUAUGGAUCAGCCUUGGCGUGGCGCAGAGGCGUUUCACUUUUACAUCUUGGCACAGCGUCAGCUCUACGAAGGUUUUAUGGAUGCUGCCAUGAGGACUGCUCUGAACUUGAGGGAUUAUGAAGACAUCCUUGAUGUUUCGGAAAUUUACACUCUCCUCGCGCUCACGAGCUGCGCAAACCGGUCGUUUGGGACCUGCUCCAAGGCCUUUGUGAAGCUGGAGUCGCUGGAAACCCUGAGCCCCGAUCAAAGGCAGGCGUUCGAGAAGCUGGCCGUGGACAUCUUCACAAAGUACUCUCGCAAGGAUGCCAGGGAUGUGAAAAUGGAGUGCCCCAGUUGCGAGUCUGCGGUCACGGAGUGGUCGCUAGCCUGUCCAAGCUGUGGAGGCAAGCUCCCACUCUGCGUGGCCACUGGAAGGAUCCUCGGCGACCCCGACCAGCAGUGGACGUGCUCCUUCUGCAAGCAUGGCGCCGAUAAGCAUGACAUGUUCGCACGCCAUACCUGCCCCCUGUGCCACAGAGCCAAGACGAGCGCAGAGUGAAACUGAAAAUGGGGCGGAACCUUUUGUGCUGUGAGCAAGAGCUCGAGCAUCGAGUUUUGGCGGUUCUUCAGACGGCGGGACAAGCUACAAGUAAGAAGGUUCUAUGAUCUCACACCGUGUCUCCAAGGACAAAGUUGUCUCCGCUCCCCAACAGAUGGUAUCAUUGGACUUUUUUUGUUGUUACUUAUGUACUGGGAGUUUGGCUGGGGCAUGUGCCACCUUUAAAGAUAAUGUCCACAGUUUCGUGGCACCGUAUUGAAAGACGCAAAUGGCUUUGUGUCGAUUAACGCAAAAUAGCAGACGUGCCGUUUGAUUUUUCGAUUGUUCCUGCCAAUUUUUUUUACCGAUUCCUUAUUGUUUUAUCUCUAGUAAUAGAUUUCCACCAGAGUGAUCAUGGAGCACUUUUUAGCAGUGUAGUGAUAUGCAUGCAGCACUUACCUUGUCUAGAGAAAAUUGCAUUGAGCAAACAACUUGCAAAUCUUUUGUUAGUAUUGUUUACCUAUAGUAUCUCAUUUUGAUAGAUCAUAUUGUCGAAUGCAGUAUUUUUUCACUGCUUGAGUUAGUUCGGCUGCUUCAUCGCAGACGCCAAAGAAAAAGAAAUGGAAGCAUAUGUAAGAGUGUACAUGCGGACGGUUUGGGCGAGGCAGUCGGUUGUUUAGGAUGAAGUUGCAGCGACUUCAAAGAUGGUGUUAUACUCUAUGUCGAAACACCAAUACAAUAUUUGGCGGUUGGAUAGGCGACAUACGCUCGAUGGAUGAAGAGUGCUGCAAGUUUCGUAGCCUUGGCUGUGUCAGAAUGUGAUUUGUGAAUUGGAGUAGAACUAUGAUCUCUAUUCUUUUUUUUGUUUUGUUGUACAACACAUGUAGCUAUAUCAUGUCUACUUUGAGGUUAUUGUUUGGAAGUGUUGUCCGGUGUUGGGGGUUAGUCUAUUAAAAAAUGCAUUGUCGAAUCCGUCCAGUGAUCUGUGGGCACCACAGAUCGAGGUGCAAGAUUUACGCUGCACCACUUUUUAAAGGUGACUUCUUAUAGUAUAUAUUCUAAAUAAAGCAUCCAAGUUUUUAUA